AUGGUUCACAUCACCCCCUUCGCCGUAGAGCAAUGGAUGGAUAAGUAUGAAACGACACCAAAUGUCCUCAAUGUUGCUGAGACAUGCGCUGCAUCCGUGUCAAUCGACGACUUGAUCAGCUUCUCUACCGGAGGAACUCAGAGACCCAUCGAUACCAGCGUUAAGAUGACUUACGGUCCUAUUCCGGGAUCUCUGAAGCUUAGAGAACGAAUUGCAGAUCACUGCAGCUCCGACAAGAUCCUCUUAUCGGCUGACGAUGUUGUACUCACCCAGGGCGCAAUCGGGGCUAAUUUUCUGGCUCUCUACACCCUGUUAGGACCAGGAGAUCAUGUCAUAUGCGUCUACCCAACCUAUCAACAGCUCUACGACACUCCUCGAAGCUUAGGUGCCGAGGUCACGCUAUGGAAACUGAAGGCAGAGAAUGGAUUUGUUCCAGAUGUAGACGAAUUAUCUCGUCUGAUCAAAAGCAACACAAAGAUGAUCAUCGUCAACAACCCUAACAACCCUACUGGAGUUCCAAUUCCUAGCCGCACCCUUUCUCAAAUCGCAGCCAUCGCAGAAGAGAAAGGUAUCAUCUUCUUUUCGGAUGAGGUCUAUCGUCCCCUCUUCCAUGGUGGUGCCUUGGGUAACGCCGAGGUACCUGAGCCAGUUACUGCACUUGGCGAUUACAAGAAAACUCUUGUCACUGGAUCGAUGUCUAAGGGAUAUGCACUAGCUGGUAUUCGGGUAGGCUGGAUUGCUACUCGGGACAAAUCUAUCAUGUCUGCUAUCAUGUUAGGACGCGAUUAUACGACAAUCAGCGUCUCCCAAAUUGAUGACCAGAUCGCGACAUAUGCGUUAUCGCCCGAAGUUCGACCCUCACUCGUCAAGCGCAAUAUUGACCUUGCAAGAACCAAUGCAAAGAUACUCAAGGACUUCAUCGAGCGAUACAAAACGGUGUGCUCUUGGGUUGAGCCUACGGCUGGGACUACAGCUUUUGUUAAGUUUUCAGACAAGAGUGGUCAGCCACUAGACGAUGAGAAGUUGUGCAUUGAUUUGCUUGAGAAGGCCAACAUCUUGCUUGUUGCCGGAUCGAAAUGUUUCGGAGGUGAUAACGAUUUCAAGGGCUAUGUAAGAAUGGGUUAUGUUUGCGAAACCGAUGUCCUUGUUGCUGGAUUGACGGGACUUGGGGCUUACAUUGAAAGGAAUCUCCUGUAG